AUGUCUUCAAUCCCUCAUCCACUUUCCCCUUUGACGGGUGCAGAAAUCCAGUACGCUGCGGAGUUAAUUCAAGCUGCGUGGCCGGCCUCCGUCGCUCUGCAAUUCAAGGCCAUUACUCUCAAUGAGCCUGCGAAGCAAGAAUUAGUUCCUUAUCUCACGGCCCAAGAGAAGGGGUUGUCUCCGUCACCUCCCGAUCGCCGCGUCUUUGCUGCGUACUAUAUUCGCAAAACAGAACUCUUCCAUGAAGCUAUCGUCAACCUUACCACUGCAAAGGUCGAAAGCAACGUGAAGCUCGGUGCCAAUCUUCAUGGCAAUGUCGACUACGAUGAAGCCCAGAUGGUCGAAAAGAUCGCGCUUGAAGACCCGGCCGUCUUGGCUGAGAUCAAAAAGCUCGAGUUGCCCGAGGGCACCGUUGUUUGCGCAGACCCUUGGAUCUACGGAACUGACGGUGUUGGAGACGAGCAGCGCCUGUAUCAGGUAUUUCUCUACAUGAGAGAUCCGAACAACUCCUCCGAGGCCGACUCAAAUCACUACGCAUUUCCCCUUCCCAUCUCGCCCGUGAUCGAGUGCACCAAGUACAAGUUGAUCCGCAUCGACGUCAUGCCCACCGGCGCCGACAAUACCAUCAAGCCCGUCAGUCCAUACCAGCCCAAACCUCCAAACGAGUACAUCCCAGAGAGCCAGGACCUGCGCAAGGACCUCAAGCCUCUGCAGGUAAGCCAACCUGAGGGACCCAGCUUCAAGGUUACCCCUGUUGGUGAAACUGGACAUGUUCUCGAGUGGCAGAAGUGGACUUUCUUCAUCGGCUUCAACCAGCGUGAAGGCAUGGUCCUUUAUAACGUCAAAUACGAUAGCCGGCCACUCUUCUAUAGACUGUCUCUCUCGGACAUGAAUGUUCCGUAUGCAGACCCUCGUCAUCCCUUCUUCAAGAAAACUGCCUUUGACUUGGGUGAUGCUGGAGCCGGCGCUACAGCCAAUAAUCUCCAGCUUGGCUGCGAUUGCCUCGGAAGCAUUCAGUAUCUCAGCGGAGUCAUCUCCGAUGAUAAGGGUCAGCCGGAGGCGAAGGAAAACUGUAUCUGCAUUCACGAGCAAGAUGCCGGCAUCGGUUGGAAGCACACCAACUACCGUACUGGCCGUGCUGCAGUCGUCAGGUCACGAGAGCUGGUGCUUCAAUCCAUCAUUACUGUCUCUAAUUAUGAGUACAUUUUGAUGUUCCUUUUCAACCAGGCUGGUGAGGUUACAUAUGAAGUACGAGCUACCGGUAUCUUGUCGACUCAACCUAUCGACCACGAUUUGGACAAGAUCGGAGUACCUUUUGGUACUGUCGUCCACCCAGGCGUUCUUGCCGGCCACCACCAGCACAUCUUCUCUCUCCGAGUAGACCCCAUGAUCGAUGGCCACACCAACCAGCUCGUCUAUCAAGAGGCUCACCGAAUGCCGAGAGAUCCCGACUGGAACCCUCAUGGCAUUGGCUAUGGGGUCAUUGAAACGGCAGUUGAGAAGACGGCUGGCCUGGACCUUGAUGUCGACACCAACAGAACUUUCAAGAUCACCAACCCCAACUCGCUCAACCCAGUCAACGGCAAGCCUGUUGCCUACAAGAUCAUGGCUCCUCCGUUCCAGAAGCUCAUGGGCGACUCUGAAAGCUAUAACCACAAGCGAGCAGAAUUUGCCGACCACAACAUCUAUGUCACGAUUCACCGUGACCGUGAGCUUUACGCUGGCGGUUGGUACACGAAUCAGUCUCGCGGGGGUACAGGGGUGAGAACUUGGGCUGAGCGGAACGAGACUCUGACUCCGAACUCCGACAUCGUCGUAUGGGUUCAGUUCGGCAUCAACCAUGUGCCAAGAAUCGAAGACUUCCCGGUUAUGCCUGUUGAGAUCCUCAAGGUGCACCUGAAGCCCGUCAACUUCUUUGAUAAGAACCCGGCUUUGGAUGUCCCGCCAAGCGAGCAGAAGUUCAAUCAGAGCACCCUGGUUGAGUCGGAGAAAGGUAGCGGCAGCGCAAGUGGUGCAAGCUGCUGCAAUGCCCUGAGCCCCUCAUCCAAGCUAUGA